AAGACAAACUUUUUCGCCACUAGAAACGUCUGCACUGAAUUACUGCCCAUUGUGAAGCCACACGAUUCUUCACUGUGAUGAUAAUGUAAGAUGGACCCGGAAGAGCAGGAGCUGCUGAGUGACUACAGAUACAGAAGCUACUCUUCAGGGAUUGAAAAGGCUUUAAGAAACUUUGAGUCCUCUAGCGAAUGGGCAGACCUCAUAUCUUCACUAGGCAAACUCAACAAGGCGCUGCAGAGUAACCUGAAGUAUUCCCUGUUGCCACGCCGGCUGGUCAUCAGCAAGAGGCUAGCGCAGUGCCUGCAUCCCGCCCUGCCCAGCGGCGUGCACUUGAAAGCUCUGGAAACCUAUGAGAUCAUCUUCAAGAUCGUGGGGACCAAAUGGCUGGCCAAGGACUUGUUCCUGUACAGCUGCGGGUUGUUUCCCCUCCUGGCAAACGCGGCCAUGUCGGUGCGGCCUGUGCUGCUGGGCCUGUAUGAGAAGUACUUCCUCCCGCUGCAGAGGCUGCUCCUGCCCAGCCUGCAGGCCUUCCUCGUGGGCCUGCUGCCCGGCCUGGAGGAGGGCUCCGAGAUCUACGACAGGACGGACGCCCUGCUGCUGAGGCUGUCGCUCGUGGUGGGCAGGGAGGUGUUCUACACAGCGCUGUGGGGUGGCGUGCUGGCCAGCCCGGCCAUCCGGCUGCCCGCCUCACUCUUCGUGGUGAGCCACAUCAGCCGGGACUCACCCGGCCAGGAGCAAAAGUUCAUGCUGGGCACCGACCACCAGCUCACGGUGAAAGCACUGUGUGCAUCACUGAUGGACUCCAAUGUGCUCGUGCAAAGAAAUAAUCUGGAAAUUGUUCUGUUUUUCUUCCCGUUUUACACCUGUCUGGAUCCCAACGAAAGAACCAUUCCCCUGCUCAGAGCCGACAUUGUCCACCUCCUCUCGGCCGCCACCCAGACCCUGCUGCGAAGGGACAUGUCCCUGAACAGAAGGCUCUAUGCCUGGUUGCUAGGUUCCGAUAUUAAAGGAAAUACCAUUGUGCCAGAAACUGACCUCUCAAAUUCUUAUCCAGACCAAUCCUCAUAUUUUUUUGAAAAAUACUCCAAGGAUCUUUUAGUUGAGAGUCUGGCUGAGAUACUACACCAGAAGUUCCUGCACACAGAUGCUGAGGAGCGGCACCACGCGUACCUGAAGCCUUUCCGCAUCUUGGUCAGUCUGCUCGACAAGCCCGAAAUAGGUCCCCAAGUGGUUGAGAAUCUGUUUCUCGAGGUCAUCAGGGCCUUUUAUUCUUACUGCAGAGAUGCCCUCGGCUCUGACCUCCAGCUCAGCUACACUCAGAGUGGGAAUCUGCUGACCAGUGCAAUCAAGGAAAACAAAAACGCCUCUGAGAUCGUUAAGACGGUGAACUUGCUGAUCUCCUCCCUCAGUGCCGACUUUCUCUGGGAUUAUGUGACAAGGCGCUUCGAGGAGUGCUUCAGGCCGCUGAAGCAGGGCAGCACCACCGGGAAACUCGUCAGCCCCCCUCCCACUGUCUCGGAGCUCUGCACGCUGCUCGUGUUCCUCCUGGACGUCAUCCCCUUGGAGCUCUACUCAGAGGUGCAGAGCCAGUAUCUACCGCAGGUGCUCGGCUGCCUGCUGCGGCCUCUGGCCGAGGAGGUGGAGACCUUGGACUUGUCUGAGCUCACGCACGCCCUGAAGACGUGUUUCAAGGUGCUCAGCAAGGUGCAGAUGCCGCCCUCCUACCUGGACGCGGAGCCUGGCAGCGGGAGCUUGAGUCCAGUCAAAGGUGAAUGUAGUGAAGUCAUUUUGGAAGUGAAGGCCGUGCUUCCUGCUGAGGAGGAGAUGCCAUUCGCCCCUUUGAAGUCCGAGGACAGCGGGAUCGGGCUCAGCGCCUCGUCUCCGGAGCUGUCCGAGCACCUGCAGGUCCCCCGGGUUUCUCCGGACAGAGAUGACAUCUGGAGGAAGGGGGGCAGCAUGCAGAGGACGUGUCUGUGCAUCCAGGAGCUCAUCACCAACUUCACCAACAAGAACAUUCUGGCAGAGCCGCUGCCGACGCCGGCAGAGAAAGGCAAGGCUGAGGAGCCUGCAGGGAGGAGAGACAAGGGCCGGAUGCCGAGCACGGUGGCUGGCGACUCGGGCAGGAAAGACUCAUGGGAGGCCAAGCCCAUCACUGUGCCCCAGUUUAAGCAGAUGCUUUCAGACCUGUUCACAGUGCGCAGCUCUCCGUUUAAGACAAAAAGUUCAGAGCCACCAGCAGCUCUGCCCAGGAGCCCUGACAGGAAGACAGGAGGAGGAUGGGAUGCUGCCCACGUGGUCGUUGACCUGAGGGGCUCCAAAGAGGCCUGCAGGGAGGCCUUCGCCGCUGCCUGCCAUCUGCUGCUGGACUGCGCCACCUUCCCCGUCUACCUGUCGGAGGAGGAGACCGAGCAGCUCUGUGAGACGCUUUUCCAGCCCCCAGGGGCCAGCGAUCCCAGUUUUCCACCGUGGCUGAAGUCCCUGAUGACCAUUUGCUGCUGUGUGACCGACUGCUACCUCCAGAACGUGGCCAUCUCCACCCUGCUGGAGGUGAUCAACCACUCCCAGUCCCUCGCACUGGUCAUUGAGGACAAGAUGAAGCGCUACAGAAGCUCCGGGCAGCACCACCCGUUCUUCGGCAAGCUGCAGAUGGUGACAGUCCCGCCCAUCGCCCCCGGGAUACUGAAGGUCAUCGGGGAGGAAACAGACUUCUAUCAGAGGGUGGCACGUGUGCUGUGGGGUCAGCUGAACAAGGAGACCCGGGAACACCAUGUGGCCUGUGUGGAGCUGUUCUACCGGCUGCACUGCCUGGCCCCGACGGCCAGCAUCUGCGAGGACAUCAUCUGCCACGCGCUGCUGGACCCUGACAAGGGCACACGACUGGAAGCUCUCUUUCGAUUUUCCGUGAUCUGGCACCUAACCCGAGAGAUCCAAGGCAGCCGGGUUACGUCCCACAAUCGCUCCUUCGACAGAUCCCUGUUCGUCGUGCUCGACAGCCUGGCCUGCACAGACGGUGCCAUCAGCACGGCGGCCCAGGGCUGGCUGGUGCGUGCGCUCUCCCUCGGGGAUGUGGCGCGCAUCCUGGAACCCGUGCUCCUGCUGCUGCUGCAGCCCAAGACCCAGCGGACGUCCAUCCACUGCCUGAAGCAGGAAAACUCAGCCGAGGACUUGCAUCGUUGGUUUCACAGGAAGAAACCUUCCUUCAAAGAGGCAGGCGGGGCCCCUGAGCUCGUGGAAGGUGGCUCCGAAGAGCACCUGCCCCUGAGCCAGUUCACCACGGUGGAUCGCGAAGCCAUCUGGGCCGAAGUGGAGAAGGAACCGGAGAAGUGCCUGCCCUGCAGAGAGCUGAGUGAGGAGGACCUGUCCUCCUCCGUGGGCCUCCCAGAUGGCGGCUCGGUCCCCAGCGCCCUGGACAGCAGUGAGCACACUGAGUCUGCAGACACGAGCCCCGGCCACACGGACAGCGAGAACACGUCCAGCUUCUCCUCCCCGUCCCACAACCCGCAGGGGCUGAGCCUGGAGGACAGCUGCUGCGUGCCCAUCCCUGUGGGGGGCAGGGUGCACCCCAGGCGUUCGGCCUUGCUGGCCGCCUUCCAGCCCGAAAGCUUCAGGUCUGGGGCCGGACUGAGCCUGGUGCGUGCGGACUCGGACAAGACGCAGGCUUCAGAGUCGUUGUCCAGUGAUGAGGAGGCGGACUUGGAGCUCCAGGCCCUGAGCACAUCACGGCUGCUGAAGCAGCAGAAGGAAAGGCAGGAGACGCUGGAGGCCUUGUUUAAGCACAUCCUGCUCUACCUGCAGCCCUACGACGCCCGCCGCGUGCUCUACGCCUUCUCCGUGCUGGAGACCGUGCUCAAGACCAACGCCAAGGAGUUCAUCGAGGCCGUGUCCAGGACCAGCAUGGACACCAGCUCCACCGCACACCUCAACCUCAUCUCCAACCUCCUCACACGCCACCAGGAGGCCCUGGUCGGCCAGAGUUUCUACGGGAAGCUGCAGACCCAGGCGCCCAGCGUGUGCCCCCACUCGCUGCUCAUCGAGCUCCUCACCUACCUCUGCCUGAGCUUCCUGCGCUCUUACUACCCCUGCUACCUGAAGGUCUCCCACCGCGACAUCCUGGGCAACCGCGACGUGCAGGUCAAGAGCGUGGAGGUCCUGAUCCGCAUCGUGACGCAGCUGGUGUCAGUGGCCAAGUCCUCGGAGGGGAGGAACAUGGAGUUCAUCCGCAGCCUGCUGCAGAGGUGCAAGGUCCAGGAGUUCGUGCUGCUGUCACUGUCGGCAUCCAUGUACACAAGCCAGAAGCGCUAUGGCCUGGCCACCGGCCACCAGGGCCGGGCCCCCGCGGAAGAUAGCCUCUUCGAGGAGAGCCUCAUCAACCUGGGCCAGGGCCAGAUCUGGAGCGAGCACCCCCUGCAGAUCGAACUGCUCAAGCUCCUGCAGGCUCUCAUCGUCCUGGAGCACCGCCUGGGCCAGGGCCAAGAGGAGGCCGAGACUCAGCCGGCUCUGUGCCGGGAGUGGCAGAAGGCGCUGAACUUCCAGCAGGCCAUCGGCGCCAUGCAGUAUGUGCAGCCUCACCCCCUCACCUCCCAGGGUCUGCUGGUCUUGGCAGUAGUGCGGGGCCUGCAGCCUGCCUAUGGCUAUGGCAUGCACCCCGCCUGGGUGAGCCUGGUCACGCAGUCCCUGCCGUACUUCGGGAAGUCCCUGGGCUGGACGGUGACACCCUUCGUCGUCCAGAUUUGCAAAAACCUGGAUGAGCUGGUCAAGCUGAAUGAAAGUGAGUCUGUGAAGCUCUCCGUCAGCACAACCUCCAAGAAGGAAAACAUUUCUCCGGAUUAUCCACUUACUCUUUUGGAAGGUCUAACAACUAUUAGUCAUUUUUGUCUUUUGGAACAACCAAACCAAAACAAAAAGACCGCGGCGGUGAGCGACCCCACCAGCCUGCGCAAUGCCAGGAAUGCCAUUUUGGAAGAGCUGCCACGCAUCGUUAACACCAUGGCCCUUCUCUGGAACAUGCUGAGAAAGGAGGAGACGCAGAAGAGGCCCACGGACCUCCUGGGGGCCAACAAAGGGUCCUCUUCUGUCUACUUUAAGACCACCAAGACCAUAAGACAAAAAAUUCUAGAUUUCUUGAACCCCCUGACAGCCCAUCUUGGAGUUCAGCUGACAGCUGCAGUUGCAGUGGUGUGGAGCAGAAAGAGAGCCCCGCGCCACAGUAAGACAAAGAUCAUCCCACUGGCGAGCACGACCCAGCUCACCCUUGUCGACUUGGUCUGCGCACUCAGCACCCUGCAGACCGACACGGUGCUGCACCUGGUGAAGGAGGUGGUGAAGAGGCCGCUGCAGAUCAGAGGGGAUGAGAAGUCACCUCUCGUGGAUAUCCCUGUGUUGCAGUUUUGCUACGCUUUUCUGCAAAGGCUCCCAGCAUCAGCCUUGCAAGAGAACUUUCUCUCGUUGUUGGGGGUCCUGAAGGAAUCUGUGCAGUUGAAUCUGGCACCCCCUGGGUAUUUUCUGCUCCUCAGCCUGCUGAAUGACUUUGUAACCAGAACUCCCAACUUGGAGAGCAAGAAGGAUCAAAAAGACUUACAGGAGAUCACACAGAAGAUCCUGGAAGCCGUAGGGAAUAUCGCUGGCUCUUCCUUGGAACAAACCAGCUGGCUCAGUAGGAACCUGGAGGUGAAGGCCCAGCCACAGGUCGCAUUAGAACAAUCGGACACGGAGGAAGAUCCGUACGGGCCUGCUUUGAAGGAGGACCUACAGAAGCUGAAAGGUUGCCGAACAGAUGCUGCUGCGGCUUCAGCCAUGGUGUCAGCAUCUGCGCCCUCAGUUUACAGUGUGCAAGCACUCUCUCUCCUGGCCGAGGUCCUGGCUUCUCUCCUGGACAUGGUUUAUCGAAGUGAUGAGAAAGACAAAGCAGUGCCAUUGAUCUCCCGCUUGCUUUAUUACGUUUUUCCUUACCUGCGCAAUCACAGUGCCUACAAUGUGCCAAGCUUCCGGGCCAGCGCGCAGCUGCUGAGCUCACUGAGCGGCUAUGCCUACACGAAGCGGGCCUGGAAGAAGGAAGUGCUGGACUUGUUCCUGGACCCCACUUUCUUUCAGAUGGAUACUUCCUGUGUUCAUUGGAAGUCCAUCAUUGACCAUCUCCUGACUCAUGAGAAAACGAUGUUUAAGGAUCUAAUGAACAUGCAGAGCAGUUCUUUAAAACUAUUCUCGAGUUUUGAGCAGAAAGCCAUGCUGCUAAAGCGCCAGGCUUUUGCUGUAUUCAGUGGAGAACUUGACCAGUACCACCUCUACCUCCCACUGAUCCAAGAACGCCUGACAGACAACCUCAGAGUUGGACAGACACCCAUAGUUGCUGCCCAGAUGUUUCUGUUUUUCAGAGUUUUGCUGCUAAGAAUCUCUCCGCAGCAUCUCACCUCACUGUGGCCCAUCAUGGUCUCUGAAUUGAUUCAGAUAUUCAUACAGCUUGAAGAUGACCUGAAGGAGGAUGAUGAGCCAUUGAGAAACAGCAACAAAAUAAACAGAAAAGUCUCGGUCGCGGAUGGAAACGGGCCCUCUUCUGGGGAGGUGGCCCCAAGUGACCUCGUCUUGUAUUUGUCGGCCUGCAAAUUCCUGGACACAGCCCUUUCUUUUCCUCCUGACAGGAUGCAACUCUUCCAGAUAUACAGGUGGGCCUUUGUUCCGGAAGUGGACACAGAGGGCCCUACCUCCCUGUCUGACCUAGAGGAGAAUCACCAAGAAUGCAAACCCCACACUGUCAGAAUUCUAGAACUUCUGAGAUCAAAAUAUGGGGAAGUCAGCAGCUCUGAUGAGAUCUCCACGAAGAGUGAAUUUCCGCUUCUGCGCCAGCGUUCCGUGUCCAGCAUCAGGCAGUUAAUGCCAUUCUUCAGGACUCUGAGUUGUGCUUUCAAAACCCAAGCUCAGCCCUGCGCCACCCCCGGAGCGCCGUACCCAGAGCCACUGGUCACAAGCAGCCCGCGCGUCCUCAGGCAGCUGGAGGAGUGUGUGGAGCAUGACUUUUUGGAACAUCCAGAAUGUUAAUGCUUCUAGCAAUUGUUUAAUGCGUUCACUGAUACUUGGGUGAAAACCAAACAGAAAGGGCGAGUAGUGCUUCUCAGCAACUCUGUUUCAAACCUGAAAGUUCAUUUCAGAUAAUUCUCUGUUCAGCAACAAAAAGGAUCUCCCUAGAUGCCUUGUAAUAUAUUUGGAUCUCACUGUGUUCCUUCCUGAAUUUAUGUAACGGAAAUAAAAUUAAUAUAUCCUGUAACGGCAGCACAAGAUCUGUGAACGAAGUGAAGUGUGAAGAGGGAAAGACAGUGGUCGUCCUUGUUGGAGCAGCUAUCUGCAUCUUCCUCAGUGUAUGUCUCUAAAAGUUCGAGCUUAUUAAAAGAGUGCUAUUUUUAAUGCUUCACCCAAAGUAGUUAUUUUGAUACUGCAUUUUAAAGCUAAAAUGUAUUUUCUGAGAAUAAUAAUCGUG